AUGCUCUCCAUCAUGGCUACCAUGAGCGCCCCUGUGCUGCAAGGCCCCAUGGCAGACCUCUCCUGCCUCGCCCUGCUCACUCGCCUCCGCCACCUGUACGGCCCUCUCCCCCUCCCCUCUCACUUAUUCCUGCCCGCCUUCUCCUACCUUCUCUCUCAUCCCUGCCCGCCUUCUCCUGCCUUCUCUCUCAUCCCUGCCCGCCUUCUCCUGCCUUCUCUCUCAUCCCUGCCCGCCUUCCCCUCCCCUCUCACUCAUGCCUCUCUGUCUGUCACACCCACUUCCCCUCAGCACUCUCACGACUCUCAACCUCACGGCUGGAGAGCUGCCUUCCUCUCUCUCUGCCCUUUCUUCACUCACAACCCUGUAACCCCUUUUCGUUUUCUUGAGAGCAUGCCAUUUUUACUUCACUCACAACCCUCGCUUCCUGUUGCACCUUGCCCGUGCUUCACUUGGGAUACUGCAGGCCAGCGCACGUCCUCUCUCUGUAAGUUCCAUCUCCUCUCCCUCCCUGCACCACCUGUGACUUGUCACUUGCUACAGGAUGUCACCGGCAACUUUAACGUCCACCGCUCUGCACCGUUUCCCACCGAGUGGAUGGCGCUCACAGGGCUGGAUACUCUUGCCCACUUCCUGGCCCAACACCCACCGGUGCGCCCUCCCCUCCUUCCUCUCGCUCCUCCCCUCCUCUCGCACCUCCCUUCCUCUCGCCCCUCCCCUCCUCUCGCACCUCCCCUCCUCUCGCACCUCCCCUCCUCUCGCGGCACCUGCAGGCGGGCCGGUCUGAAUGGCUUCACUGGCUCUAUCCCCUCCACCAUCUCCGCUCUCACCGCCCUCACUGACCUGGGCCUCUCGUCCAACAAUCUCACUGGUGCCGUUCCUGCCACUCGUGCACCCCUGCAAACCUUGCAUUCUCAAUUCUCACUCAUAUCUCAGCUGCCCUGUACAAAGAUUCUCCUCCUCCCCUCCACAUCCCCUCCCUUCCACAUCCCCUCCCCUCCACGUCCCCUCCCUCCGCCUGCCCCCACUGCAUGCAGAGACCUCUCCCACAAUCACCUCACCAACAUGCCAACUGCAAUUUCACCUGCCCUUGCAUCCCUGUGA